CCUCUCUACUCUCUCUCUCUCUCAACUUUGCACUUCUGCUUCAGCUCCGCCAUGGCGUUUGCUCAAUCUUUGGUGGCUGUACCUCUAGAUAGUUCAAACCUUCUGAAAAGCUCCAUCAGCCCUUCUUUAACUUCUUCAUCAACUAACUAUACUACCUGUACUGCUACUUCUUCCCUUGUCUCCCAUGUUUUCUCUCCUUCAACUUUUCUUCGGGCCAAAGCCAAAGCGCGUAAGAUGUCAGUCUUUUCAAGGUUCCGUAGACUCGGGCAUAGAGCCAGGGCAAAGCUGCAAGAACCUGAAGCUAAUUUAGCUGCUGAUGCUUUUACAAACUUCAGACAUGUGCUUCUUCCAAUCACUGACCGGAAUCCUUAUCUGUCCGAGGGUACAAGACAGGCUGCAGCAACCAUCGCUGCUUUGGCAAAGAAGUAUGGUGCAGAUAUUACAGUUGCCGUGAUUGAUGAGAAGCCAAAAGAGUCUUUGACUGAGCAUGAUACCCAACUGACUAGUAUCCGGUGGCAUCUUUCUGAAGGUGGGUUCCAGGAGUUUCGGUUGAUAGAACGGCUUGGGGAAGGGAACAAACCAACAGCCAUUAUUGGUGAGGUUGCUGAUGAUUUAAAUUUGGAUUUGGUGGUGAUGAGCAUGGAAGCUAUCCAUUCAAAGCACAUCGAUGCAAACCUAUUGGCCGAGUUCAUCCCUUGUCCUGUCAUACUUCUACCCCUUUAAAUGUAAAUAUCACCUCCCCACCUUCCGUCAUUGAAAAGCUAUCUACCAUCUUGUGAUUCAGAAAAUUUUCAUUGUUUUAAGAUUUUUUGAUUCUCAUUGUUGGAGUAGCUGGUGUUUCCA